AUGGACGUAACUAUUUGGGACGAGUUGAUUAAGCGCCACCCGGCAUUUCGCCACAACUUCUCGGCCAUGAAGGUGAAGCUCUUCAGGAUGGAGGUAACCUACCGGAAGGUGCGGGAUAUCCUACUUGGGGAGUCUGGCAAAGGGCGCCCACCGAAGAUCCCUAUUUUUUACGAGAUUUACGAAGGCAUUAUGGGCGACCGCGCCAACGCGCAGCCACCCGCUCUUGCAGGAAGCCUUCCAGGGGCGAACGUCGGUGGUUCGCCUCCCUCAACGCCAAAUAUGGCCGAUCAGGCUCCUCCGACCGAGGGAGUGGGGAUUGCUUCUACGCCUCAGCGAGUGGUGUCUUCACCCUCUCCGUCGCCAACUCCGCAGCCCAUGUCCCCGCCGCCUGCGCCCGCCAUCGUUGCAACACGCAACGCAUCACCCGAACUCGCUGAGGCGUCGCCCACGCGUUCACGCGUUGUCGGUGCGGGGACGGGACUGGGGCUGCGCGGGAACCGCGUCGUCCACCGGCCUGGGCCUGCGGCUGCAGAAACAGAUCUCACAAGCACAGUGGGGGGAGCAGCGGCGUUUGGGAGUCAGUUGACGGGGUCCGAUGCUUCCCUUUGUGACGAAAUCGCAACUCGUGUGGCAGGAACGGUGCGUGGACUCAUGCGUGAGAAUUUUGAGGAAUUCAUGGAACUUACCCGAGUCCUGGUGCAGUCUCCUCCGGAUGCCCCAGCCGCCAAGAAGCGUAGAGAUACCCAGUCAGACGAGCCCGGCGACGGGUCGGCGUGA